GUGUUUCUUUUUACAUGAAGACGAUGUAAAAUGGUUAUCAGUAUCGUUGAAACGAUCACGUCGUGCAUGCUGCUUUACUAUGUGAUUGUUUAUCUUCCAAAAUACGAAUAAGCAUCGCGGAUGCGGGUUUCGUUAUCGUUCGCGUAGUGGUUCGGUUGUAGUGCCGGUCUUCUUGUAUGUACUUUAUAAAAUUCGACAGCGUUCUCAUUCAUUUAAUUAAUUAUUCGAUUACUAAAUCGAUCGCGAUGUUUACUUCAUCAUCUGUAGAUACUACUUUUGGAACUCAUCGUCGAAACAAUUUACUCAGAUUUUAAAUCAGUGCGCGAUACGGAGAUGACAAGAAUAAGUAAUCCGAAUAUAAAAUUGGAUUAAAGCGCUGGCGACGAACGAUCGAGCCAUUGUUGACUAAAAAAAGUGUUUGAGGUGUCACGUGACAAGAUUGAUAAUUGUUAUUUGAAGGAAGAAAAUUACACCUUUGUGAAAAAAAAUAUACCUACUUCCUUUACUGAAGAAAAAUUAAAAAUAAUGGAUGCUAUCGACAACCCAUCAUAUUUUUCAUUCCCAAGCGAAGCUCAAAAAAAGUGCAAGAGUAAUUUCAUACGCAGAUGGAACGAAAACAGAUCGAGUGCUACGCUACCAGCGAACGCAUCCUCCAAAAAAAACACUUCAUCUUCCGGUCCGAAACGUAAUUUCAGAUCAUUAUUGAGAGCGAACAGCGCAGAUACUCAUCUUUUGGUUCAAGGCAAACCUCGACCAUCCGACUUAGCACCCUCCGUGUAUUCAAUUAAGCAUCAAAGACACCGAAGCAUCGGAAACGUUAUCGGUUCGAAUGAUUUACUCCACCAAGACAUGGUUCAUUGUGGAGGUGUCGGUAACGACGACGGAGACGUUUUUUUAUCCGAUGCUACCAUAAACUCGCAAUAUUAUAACUUGAUGGGUUCGUCACCGCAACGAAUUUUAACUCCUGGAAGAAGAAGGCAUUCUAUUGGAUCAUUUUUAAAUCGUGAUCGAAGCUUUAGUGCUGGUAGAAAUGAUGAAAAUCUCAAUCGAGAGUCGUCAAUUAGAAGGAAAUUCAAACGGAUAACCAUCGAAAAAGCGCAUAAAAUGGAAGAUGAGUUGGAUGUACUGUUGAUAUCAUGUGGCGAAAACGAAACAUCCUUGACUUGGGGUAAUUACCUGAUAACCUGUUUCCAACAGAUUUCCAAAGACCGAAAUAUUCCAUCUUUCAAAUUACACAGCGUUAAAUUAGAAGAUAUAGUAGCACCGUUGCUCGAAAAUGGCACCAUUGAUAAAUACCCAGAAGCCAGAGUACAAAUCGUGGUUGUAUGUCCGAAGUUCAUGGAGAAAAUCCAAUCGAUUCCAGAAGCUGAAACUUCACUGGGUAAAUUAUUCCGGCCCGAAAAAGUGGUAGCGUUGAUGUUGGGGUUAGGCGUUCAGGAGCAAUGGGAUAAUAAUCAUAUUAGAACAGUUAUUCCUAAAUACGAACUGUGGAGGAAAAUGACGGUGAAGGACGUGGAUAGAAUAUCGGUGGAAGAUUUUCUCGGGGUGGCCAUGGAUAUCUUGAGUAAAUCUCGACAGAUACAAGAAGCCCUCAACUUGGAACAGCAACAAACUCAUUUCUCAAUAAUGCCUAAAAAAAUCAAAGUGGGACAAAAUAGAAUAUUAGUGCUUUUAAACGAACCUAUCACGGUAAAAGACGAUAUCAAAAUAACAAUUGACAAAAAUGGACAACAUCUCGAUGUCGGAACGGUGAAACGGAGGAACCCGUAUACUUUACAAUUCUCCGUACCAGCUUCCUGUUUCCAAAUUUCAAUGUUGGUGUUCGUUUGCGUGGAAAAAAAUGGCAAAAAUUUGGGCAGAAGGCAGGUCAAGUGUGAAAGUAAAAUGAGAGAAUUAGAUCAAAUAAUACGAACGCUGGAAAAUCCGAUUAAUUUCAUGUGUCAGAGUUUCAAUUUGAAUAUGAACGACAAAGAUCAGUUGGAUACCUUCUUGUGUAACGUAUUUCAAAAAAAUGUUCCACCUCAUUUUCAUUUACUUAAUCCUUGCAUUCCAAUCGACAAAACUACCACGAGCAAUGAAGAAUUUCCAACGCUUUUACAUUUCACCGCAAAAUAUGGUCUGGAAAAAUUAUCUUGGGUACUGAUGGAGAGUCCAGGUUGUGAACAAGCUUGCCAUAUUCGUAACUGUUCUCAAAUGACUCCUUCUGAAAUAGCAGAACGAGCGAAUCAUACACAAUUAUCCAAAAUUUUGAAAGACUUCAAGCAUAUGGCUGAACUGUCAAACGUAUACAAUUACGUGAAAAAUAUGAAUUCCGGUAAGGAGAAAAACACAUCUGAAAAUAACUACAUGUUACCGAGACCUGUAGAUGAUACCUAUCUAAUUCCACCAGCGGCUCGACCAGUUGAUCCAUCUUUGAUGCCUCCACCGAUCGCCGAUUCUCCAAAUUCUCCAUCAGGCUCGACUUCUGAUCCUUAUUACAUGAAUUUUAAAAGAGGUCAUGUUCCAUCCAUGGUGAACACACCCGUGUCUCCAACAUCCAUCAAUUCUCUUACCUCAUUUCAAAAUUAUGAAGUUCCACCAACUGCUCGGCCAUGCACUCCAUACACUCCAAAUUCACCGACUUCACCAAUCGGUAAAAAAUUCGAGGGAUAUUUGGAAAUGAAUCCGAUAGAAAAAGAAUUGAAUAAUUUUGGCUCCGUCAGUAGUUUUAAUACGAAUAGCGAAUUUCCUGAAAAUUUUGGUAGUUUUAAUAAAUUAGACACUUGUGAAGGAGUAUCUUCUCCCACCGAUAGUACUGCAACGUCCAAAUAUAGUAGUGCAAGUCAUCUACUGAGCAGAGAAAAAGUAUCACCUGAUGACGAGUUAUUAGAAAUAAUUAACGAUUUCAAACACGACGUUUUGACAAUCAAUGAAGUUGAAGCUUUGGUUGAAAAAUGGCAGAAUCGAAACGAUGUUCAACAGUCAUUCAAAGAUAGACAAGAUCAGCUGGAUAAAAUGAGGGAAGAAUAUGAUAGAAUACAGCGCAAAAUGAAAGAACACAUGAAAAGCACACCUUUGGAGAAAAUUCGAAGAUUUUUCAGUCGUGGAAAAUCAAAACGUCGCAAUUCUCGAGAUAGAGCUAGUAGUUUUGAAUCUGAUAUGCUGACUGCUUUUAAAGCAGCAAGUAGCAACAUUAGCAUACAAAGUUCAUCAUCGAGUGCUUCAUCACGUACCAAUAGUAUAAGUAAUGGAAGUGGAGGAAAUAACGACGGUGGACAAAGGCAAUACGAUCGGACUAGAUUAUCAUUGGAGAAACUAAAUCCAAAGAAAAAGAAGUUCAAUCAUUAUGUUGAAAUCCCUGCAUCUGUUGCAAAACCAGUAGAAGCUGCAGAUAAUUCCGAAUAUGUGCAACCUGAUAAUGUGCCACCCACCUCUCAUAAUAACCGCUUGAGUAGCUGUAGCAGUUCAGUAGUAAAUGAUACCAUUCACGAAUGCAUCGAAAGUGAUAAUAUGGAGUCGUGUUCAAAUUCUAAUGCGAAUUUAGAAAUCAGGCGCAAUACUUAUCACUCAAAUGGCACUGUUUUGAAAAAUUACAAAAGCCUAGAUCACUUUCGAACAAACUCAUUACGACUUGAAUCGAAGAAGAAAUCAAAAAAUGCUCAGAACAAGGUCAAAAGCGCCGAAAAUUUGAUUUGUGAUCGUGAAUGGGUGAAGAAUAAUAAAAAUGGAGAAAGAACUGCCCCAAAUUCGGAUACCUCAUCCGAAGCUACUUCAAAACCAAGCGGUACUGCAUCUUGUCAAAUCCUUUGUGCUCAAACAAUCCAGUGCUUGUCUGGAUUGACUAAUGAUGAAGCUCAAAAUGACGAUAUGCCUACAUCAUCUGAUCUUACUUUCCAAUUUGAUAAAGAACCUGAUGAUAAUGAAAGCUCAACGCUGUCAGAAUGUGGUAGUGUCGAUUCUCGUCAGAAUUCCUCCCUAGAUCUAUCUUCACUGUCACUUAAUUCUAAUUGCACAGUGGAUGAAAAUGGAGAUAUCAAGUGCUCCCUGGAGUUCAAAAUCACAGAAGAAGGCGAGAUGGAAACAGAAGAUGCUCCUUCAAUAUUGUCAAUGGAUCAUCAGUGCGCUAAAAUGUGUGCUUCGUUACCCGAAUAUGCGAACGUUACUAUGCAAAAUUCACCCACCAUACCACGUAGAUGCGGAUACACAGUGGUUUCGUCUUAAUUCGAUGUAAUUUUAGGUUUUAAUUUCAUACAUUUUCAAUAUUCUCAUGACUUACUUGUAUGAUAUGUACCAUUGUACCUAUUCAUAGAUUUUAUACGAUGAUUGUUUUCAAUUUGAAUUUACCUAUACUCAUUAGUUUGUUUUUUAUUUUCUGUUUUUCAUUUGUGGAGUGUUGAUAUCCUUUCCUUGAAAGAUGCACCUAGGUCUAGGUUGUUUGAAAAAAAAGUCAUAUUUUUUUUAUCAAUUUUGUAAAAUAAAUUUUUCUUUUUAAAAUACA